AUUGUCAACAUAGCAUCUCUGUUCAUACCUGCUUGUUGUUUGAUCAUCUUGUUUCGAUCUUUGAAAAAAGUCACAUACCUUGACAAGUGCCAUAACGGCUAAUAUAUACUCACAACGAAAAAAUGCCACCUAAAAGAAGAGCAAACGGAGCGGCCCCCGGCCAACCAGCCGCCCAGAGACAACGAUUAGCACCAGCAGCUCCCGCUCCCGCUCCCGGCCCCCCUCCUCCUCCUCCUCCUCCUCCUCCUCCUGCCCCAGGCUCCAGGUCAUUCGCUGAACUUCCGGAUGAGAUCAAAACGCAGAUUGUGAUCCACUCCCUGAGCAUCUUCGACAAUAUAUGCGCUUUCCGGCUGUUCUGCUCAGGCUGGAGGAUCUGCAAUUGGUCGCGAGGAGAACCCCAACUCGACGAAAUCUUGAGGAAGCUAAGAGUGGACGUGUACAAGCCAGCGCCAGAAACACUGGGAGUGCAGUUAGGGGAGGGAGAAGAACAGUAUUUUGGAGAGUUGGAGAGUUGGUUUGCGGGACACUCGAGGAGAAAAGUGCAGUGUCCACUCUUUCAGGAGGGUGCACAUGGAUUUGAUAACAGACACUGUGAACAGUGCGGAUGCGUUCCGUUUGAAAAGGAGGUGCUGUUGGAGGGCGGUGCGGCGUGGGAUAUGGAAUGGGAGGGGAGGUUCGAUCCAUACGCAAGGGGGCGGGGAGGGGUUUGGACUGGGAGGCUUAGGGAGGGCAUGGCUUAUCGUCCAAAUGAGCCAUGGAACCGAUUGGUUAAGCCGGCGGAGGAGACGGGUAUCCAUGCCUACUUGAACAGUAUAAGGAAUACGAGGUACGGGAGGUUUUUGACGAGGGAGGUGAAGAGGGAGAGAGCGCUUAGGCCCGACAGGUUGAUCGUUUUGCAACAAAGGCCGUGGAAGUGGCUCGGAAGAUUCACGGAAAGAGGGUUGGGAAGACGGGUGCGUAGCGGGCUCGAGGGGACGAUCACUUGGGGAAAUGAAAUGGUCGGAUUCUUGCCUUUCAUCGAAGGGUUCACGGAGAGGUUUGACGACAACGGUUAUUUGAGGGUGGCCACCGGUGCGCCGGCGUCCACGGCUGCUGCCGCUGCCAUCAAAGCCAGACCCUUUGACCAGGUAAAGAAGCAUCUCUCCCCAGAACCCCCUAACCAGGAGCCGUGGUUUCUAUACAGACAUAUCCGCCAUCUCAUGAUCACCAGCAAUCCCUGUCUCAAUUUUACUACAGGUAUUGACUACGAGCGUUUCGGUACCAUUCCUCCCACAGACCCACCGGUAGGCACGGUGCUGGCUAAUAUGACAGCGGUCCAAGGCCGUGUGUUUUUCGAGCACAUGGUGCCAUUGUACGUUGACUACCAGGCCUUGACAAAUCUCGAGACACUCUACCUCGACUUGAGGAACAUUAGAAAACGCAGCAGCGGCACCACGCUGUUCCAGAUGAGAGAGGUAUUACAGCUGGCUCGAAGGCUCGAAGGAAAGAACCUGCGAUUGCUCGUCAUUGCAGGCCUGCGAACUCAUGGGGCGGCUUGGUGGGGGGAGAGAGAGCUGGACAUCGAGGAAAUCGAGGGAAUGGAGGAGCAGAAUCCCGGGGACUGGGAUGAUGUCAACUGGCUUGUGGAAUUUAGGAGGGCGUUGAGGCCCGGGGGAAAGCUGAUUCUGGUUGACGCGCAUUCUCAUCAUUUUCCUCGCAAUCGAUAUCGGCCAUGGAUAAAUCCGCGGAACGAUCCUGGGGCCACGCCACAUGCCGUUAACGGUCUUAUAGGUAUGGGUGGGUUCCCAGCUUUUCUUAACAAUUUCAUUGACAACGAAGCCAACAACAACGAAGUCAACGACGACGAAGUCGACGACGACGAAGGUAACGACCCAAUGGAGGAAUUUUCGGAGGAAAUGACAGCAUCGGAGGAAGCAACAUCGGAGGAAGCAUCAUCGGAGGAUUGGUAGCAUGUCACCCCCUACCCGAAGCACCCAAGAAAGAGAGUCUGGCUUAAGAUACAACAAAGGCAACAACAACGACGACAACAAUCGUCAUAAUGCGUAGCAUAUAUUACAUAGAAGGUUGGAAAGGUCAAGCAGCAGUCUAGUUAGCGGUAUAUACAAUCAAUGACAACAUCAGGAUGUUAGAUGAGGAUAUUGCUUGUAA